UUUUUCAAAUAUACAAUAUUUGAACCAUUUUGAUUUUUGAUAAUUGUGAUCUCGGUUUAGUUUUUUUCUUUUUUGGUUCGGGUUUUGGUUAAAGAACCGAGGGGGUAAGCAGCAAUCGAACCAAUCUUCUGUUCCCUAAGAAAGAUAGUUUUUGAGUUCCAGGCCUUCUUCUCCGGCUAUGUGUAACAAGUGCUCAUCUUCCUUUCUCCUUUCUCUUCCCGCCCUCGAUGCUCGACCCACUUCAUACAACUUUAGACGACGGGUUCAGCAUUCGAUAAUCACUAGCUCAGGAAGGAGGAGGAGUCACCUCUCAAUCCAUGAAAUCAAGACUCUUUCAUCAUCAAAACAAGCAUCUUGCAGUUUUGGUGUCCAAGACUCUGCCUUUCUCCGGAUAUUCAAGUUCAAAGAGAAAUCAAGCAGAAAGUUCGUAACUUGCUCCAGUGAAGAAGAAGAAGAUGUAGUAGUAGAUUCUGCUCAUUUGGAUUUCCUGGAAAACGAAUCUCCUGGAGAUGGUGGUUUGAUUCAGCAAGCGGGUCAAGACAAUCUGACCAACAUAGGCUCGAAAGGAUUCAAACAGACGUUGACGAGAUCGAAUCUUUUAGCUAAGCAAGUUAUUAGUAUACAAUCAGCUCUGAGUUUAGGCUUUAUCUCUCAGCUCUGGGUUGACACUUCUUCUUGGUUGGUUUUGGUGGUGGAUGUUAAACCCAGCUUGCUAUCUGGAGAGUCUGAGAGAUUCUUGCUCAACGACAUCACUCGGGUGGGUGAUGUUGUUCUUGUGAAAGAUGAUGCUGUACUGGACACUGAGUUCAAAAUGGUCCGACUUGAAACACUGGUAGGUUACAGAGUAGUGACACCAGGAGGGCGUAACAUCGGAAAGGUUCGAGGUUACUCAUUCAACAUUAACUCCGGAGCAGUUGAAUCGCUUGAGCUUGAUUCGUUUGGAGUUACCAUCAUACCAUCAAGCUUGGUCAGUACAUACAGAUUAGAUGUUGAGGACGUAAUUGAGGUCUUAGAAGACAUAGUUGUGGUUGACGAAUCUGCAGCUUUUAGAAAACAGAGGUUGACGAAGGGACUAUGGGAUGCUCAGUUUGGUAGUGAAUACUCUUCUGAUGGUGAGGAGCUUGAGAGUUCAUCUGAUAGAAGGCGGCCAAGGAGAAGAAGUAGAUCAAGUCGAAAGAAUAAAGAUUUAGACGAUGAUGAUGACGAAUGGGACAUGUUUCGUUAGAAGUCAUGCAUUCAUUGUUUGCCAUUCAUCUUAUUAGCUUCUUGACUUACAUCUUCAGCUGUGUGUCUGAUAGAGAGAAUGUAAAAUAACGUUUGUUCAAAUAACAUUAUGAGUUCACAGUGA